UUAGUGAAAAACAAGAUACAAAACGAGUGACAAACUCAAACCAAACAAAAGAAGGAGAUUUUUGCAGUUUGUAGUAAGCCAAAAAAGAAAACAAAACAAUGGGAAUCAUAGUUCCAGUUCUGACCCUUGUUUUCCUCUUGUUUGCUAAAGUGAGCCAUGGUGCAACCAACCCGAGGGUGAUUCUGGUCGGCGGAUCCGUGGGAUCGUGGAAGGUUCCUGAUUCUCCCAACAACACUCUCAACCACUGGGCUGAGAACAAUCGUUUCAAAGUUGGCGACUUCCUCGUGUGGAAGUACGACAUGAAGGUAGAUUCAGUACUACAAGUGACGAAAGAAGAUUACGAUAGCUGUAACACAGCAAAGCCCUUGAAGCAAUACAAUGAUGGAGUCACAAAGGUUGAGCUUGACAAAUCUGGCCCUUACUUCUUCAUCAGUGGUGCUCCUGGCAACUGCGCAAAAGGCGAAAAGAUUACUCUUGUUGUUUUGUCUGAACGCAAAUCCGGUGGUGGUGGCGCUGGCGCUCCGAAGGCUUCUCCUGCUAGUCCUACGGCUCAAACUCCAGUCUCAGCCCCUGCCCCAGCCCAUAACGCUGCUUAUGGAUUGAAGGUUGGCAACGGUUGGUUCUUGAUCACCGCAGUUGUGAUUGGUUUGGCUAUGGCAUAAUUAGAGGAUUCGCUCGAGAGAGAAUGAGGUUUUUUAAUUACUGAGUUCUUCCAACUUUUAGCAAAAUUUAGUUUAAUUUUUCAAGAUUUUUGAUUCCUUAGUUUUCAUCAUCAUAAAAAGAUCUCUCUUUCUGGUUUGCGUUUAAGUGUUUGGGAUAUUCAGUUAUUCACUAUCAAAAACUUUUUUGUUCUUGCGAUUCUGUAUUUUCAAUUCUUUAAUUUCCAUAUAUAAACAUAUCGUCAGUCAAUAAAUACGAGAUUUGUUGACUCGA